AAUAAUGAUGACAUGUAUAUUGUAGAAUUAUCAUGUGGUGUUUAUGAAAAUUAUAAACAAAGUGACUCUGAAGAUAAUAAAGAUUAUAGUAUUCAAUAUGAAGAUGUUCAAGAUGAAAAUUAA